UCGUGAGCUGUGGGUUGAAGUCGGAAGGGGCGGGGUGAUGCGCAGCGUGGAGUAGCGUGGUCCAUCCUGUGACCAAGCGACUGACACCCGCCGGGGGGAAAAAGUUACAGAGUUCGCGGUCAGAACACUGCCAACAUGUCUGGAGAUGAUGAAACGCAAGAGCAGACCAUCGCUGAAGACUUGGUGGUUACCAAGUAUAAAAUGGGAGCAGAGAUUGCAAAUCAGGCUCUGAAGAUUGUCGCUGCAGCAGCCACCCCUGGGACCUCUGUGCUCAGCCUCUGUGAGAAGGGAGAUGCUUUCAUUGCAGCAGAAACUGGAAAAAUCUUCAAGAAGGAGAAAGAUAUGAAAAAAGGGAUUGCCUUUCCUACUUGUGUGUCCGUGAACAACUGUGUCUGCCAUUUCUCCCCUUUGAAAAGUGACCCAAAUAUCAUCGUGAAGGAUGGGGACCUUGUAAAAAUUGAUCUGGGCGUGCAUGUCGAUGGUUUCAUCUCAAACGUGGCUCACAGCUUUAUUGUUGGAGCCACCAAGGAAAACCCGGUGACAGGCCGGAAAGCCGAUGUUAUCAAAGCAGCUCACCUCUGUGCAGAAGCUGCUCUGCGUCUUGUCAAACCAGGAAACCAGAACUCACAGGUCACAGAUGCCUGGAACAAGAUUGCCAAGUCCUUUAAGUGCUCUCCGAUUGAGGGCAUGCUGUCCCAUCAACUUAAACAACAUGUGAUCGACGGAGAGAAAACCAUCAUUCAGAACCCGACGGACCAGCAGAAAAAGGACCACGAGAAGGCUGAGUUUGAAGUGCACGAGGUGUACGCGGUGGAUGUGCUCAUCAGCACUGGGGAGGGGAAGGCCAAAGAUGCAGGUCAGAGGACCACCGUUUACAAACGAGACCCCAACAAGGUGUACGGCUUGAAGAUGAAGACGUCUCGCACAUUCUUCAGCGAGAUGGAGAGACGCUUCGACACGAUGCCUUUCACUCUGAGGGCGUUCGAGGACGAGGGCAAGGCCAGGCUGGGUGUGGUGGAGUGCGCCAAACACGAGCUGCUGCAGCCGUUCACGGUGCUACAUGAGAAGGAGGGUGAGUUUGUGGCUCAGUUUAAGUUCACCGUGCUGCUCAUGGCUAACGGACCUCUGCGGAUCACCAACAGCCUCUACGAGCCAGAGCUCUACAAGUCCGAGCUCGAGGUGGAGGAUCUGGAUCUAAAGGCGUUGCUGCAGAGCUCCACCAGCCGUAAGACUCAGAAGAAGAAGAAAAAGAAGGCUUCAAAAACAGUUGAGAAUGCAACAGGACAGGCGAUGGAGACAGAAGCUACUGAGUAAAUUGUCAGUAACUGGUAACAGAGAUGUGAUGAUCCAAAGACCAGACAUCACGAUUUUUUUUGUCCCGGCUGUCUGAGGCACUCAAGGGCACAGCCGCUGUGAAUUUCUCUGGAACUAACUGAUGUCAGUCUGGGAUGAUGCUGCUCCUGAAAACUGUCACUCCACCACACACACACACACACACACACACACACACACACACACACACACACACACACACACACACACACACCAAAUUAGAGAAUAACCUACAGUCUUCACAAAAUCAUACGACCCCAGUAAAUGUAAAAAUCCAUGACCUUCUCUUUGAGUUACUGCAUUUCUACAGUGAGUUUCUUCCAUGCCUUUGAAGACAUUGUGGAUGUUUCACUAUGACACGUUGUAACACCCGUGCUUCUGAGCUAACUAAUCACAGCAUUUAUACCACUAUUAUGUAGAUCUGGUUCCUGUUUCCAGGAGUCUAGAGUUCUCUUCCCAGUCAACAUUUUCUAAAAACUGACACUGUAAGACUUGUUUUCCUGUGGUUCACCGUGUGCUCCUAUCAAGGGUUCAGCCUUCAGUCCUCUGGUGCCACUACUGAGUGUUAGCGUUUGUCUUUACAUAAGAACUCCAUACCAGUUAAAUAUAUGGAUGCUUUUGUAAAACUAAUCCCAUGUUCAGAGAUUAUUUUUGGAAACAAUAAAUAACCAUGUGGCAUCAUUUGUGUGGUUGGUUUUUUAUUUAGCAAUGGUAAAUGGUUGAGUUAACUUGAUUUCUUUAAAAAGGCUAAAGGUCCUAACGUGGCUUCAAAAAUUGUUGCAUGCAAAUAUUUCUUGACAUUUCAUCUGAGUGAAAAUGACUUGCUUUCCAAAGAGCUCAAAUGUGGGAUGUUCCUUUCACUGUUUGUAUUAAAUUGAUGUUUGCUGCUCAAUUUUUAAAAAUUCAAUAAAUAACAGUCUCAAGAAACCAGAAGUUCAUAGUUAGAAUAAACUUUAUUGAUCCCACAAUGGAGAAAUUCACUUGCCACAGCAGCACACCUGACGAAAAGGAAGAAGAUAAGGUUACAGGUAAACACACAAGGGCAAUGAACUAUUAUUGUAAUGUUUUUGUGUUUCCAGAACUAUGCAGCCUAAAGGACACAAACUAAUGUACAUCCGGUAUUGAACACACUGAUCAUUGCAUUGAUAGUGUACCAGGAUAAUGCCAGUACCAGUUAAACUGAGGAGUUAUGCACUGUUAUGGCAGAGGGGUGUUCUGUUUUACAUCUGGGAUGUCUACCACUGAAAGAGCUGCCCAUGGUCUCAACAUCGGAAUGCAGUGGGUGGGAGAGGUGGCAUUAAGAGCUAGGUUUCUGGUUCUAAUGUAGCUCUAUUGUCUGCUUCUCCUUAAUAUUAAUAAUGUCAUUAUACCAUAAACAAAGUUUGAGAUUUUUAUUUCAGCCUCAUUGGCAACAGCAGGCUAAAACGCUUUCUUCUAAAUGGCUAAACUGAUGGGAGGAUAAAAUACUCUCUUCUAAUUGACUACAACCAACAGAUCAAGUUUGUAGUUCAUGCAUUUUGCCAGCAGAGGGCGGCCAUUGCCUUCUUUGUUCAUGUAAACCCAUGUGUAAACCAUUAGCCUGGCAAGCCAGACUAAAUAAAUUUUAAUAAACUUUGCAAAGCAAGAAUUUGAGUCUAGUUCACUAGGCUAGUAAACCAUAGCAUUAAAGCUAAGUUUGAAGUGCUGAUGUAGAUCCGUCUUCUGCUCCUCUUCUUUAAUAUGAAUAAUCCCAAAAUACCACAAACAAAGUUUUAGGAUUCUCUAUUUCAGUGGAUUUUGUUUUGUUUAGCUCAGUUUAUCAUGAUUUAUCCCCUCUCCUGGGUCCAGGCCUUAAAAACUCAAUGUCCCAUGUUCACAUGUCCACCGUGACGUAAUGGUUUUUAUAAAUACUUUGUCGCGAGAAAAUGACGUCAGAUGUGAAUCGAUUCGAUAGCUUUCGCACUCCCUCCCUGAAAUGAGAGCUAAGUGGAGGAAGAAGCGCAUGCGCAGGCUGAAGCGCAAAAGAAGAAAGAUGAGGCAGAGGUCCAAGUAAGAUGUCCUCUUGUGUCCCAGCUGGGACAUUUGGGUUCAACGGUCCAGGCCAGCUGAGAGUAUCUGGAAACCCAGGAUCCUCCUGAGUAAAAUCUGAAACCAGCAGCUGACCCUCAUUGAACACCAGAUGUUAAGCUCUUCCUCCGGGACACUCUGGAUCCAGAUUCCUCAACUUUUGUCAUUUAUUUUUGUUCAUACUGUGAUUAAAGGUUUUGGUUUAUAAACGAA